AUGACCAAAAGAAUUACAGGAGAAUUUGCUAAACUUCAAAAGAAUAAAGAAGGUUGGUUUACUGUUGGAACAUAUUCAGACGAUAUUUAUCAAUGGAAGGUAAUAGUUAAUGGACCAGAAAAUAGUCCAUAUGAAGGUGGAAAAUUUGAAGUUAAAAUUACCCUUCCUAAAGAAUAUCCACAUAAACCACCAACAUUGGUUGUAAUGACUAAAGUUUAUUCACCAAUUGUUAACCCUGAAGACCAUACUAUUUGUCAUCCAAUUCUCCAAACUGAUAAUAAACCAGGAAAUUGGGCACCUACAUCAUCAGUCUAUGAAGUUCUUGUUGCAUUUAGAAGUAUGCUUGGAUCACUUUCUACUGAUCACGUCACAAACACUGAAGUUGCUCAAGUUCUUGCAGAAAGACCAGAAGAAUUUAAGAAGACAGCCAGAGAAUGGACAAAAUUAUAUGCUAAAUAA